AAAAAAUUAAAAAAAAAAAAAAAACUUCCGACAAGACGAAGAAGCCAGUGCGCUGCUUCGGCAACAUUUUCAGAUCUCUCGAUCUUCUUUCUCGUCGGAGUUUUCUUUUUUUUUUUUUAAUUUUAUUUUUUUUCCUUCCGGCGCUCCCCUGGCCUUCUUCGCAUUGCCUUUCUUCCAAUUCUCGUAACUCGAGAUCUUUUUUCGGCGGCAAAUUUGGUGGCCCCAUCACUCUUAAUCUGCAUUGGGGAGCAGGUUUUUGAUUGGGUGCUGUUUUUGUUUUCUUCUGCGGUUGUUUGAAUUUCGGAACGCGACUUGAUUCGGGCGGGAAUUCGAGGGAACUUUUUGAUUUUAUUUGAUUGAGGCUGAGAGAAAUCUAUAUCGCCUUUGUGCGCGGCUUCUGCAUUUCUUUGAGAGAGAGAGAAUGAGGAUUUCGGAAAAUACGAAGGGUCUGGUGUUGGCAAUGGCGUCGAGUGCAUUUAUUGGAUCGAGCUUUAUCUUGAAGAAGAAAGGGCUUAAGCGUGCCGGUGCAACAGGGGCGAGAGCAGGUGUUGGCGGUUAUACGUACCUGUUAGAACCACUUUGGUGGGCUGGCAUGGUUACAAUGAUUAUUGGUGAGAUUGCAAAUUUUGUUGCAUACAUUUAUGCCCCAGCAGUUCUAGUCACACCCCUCGGCGCACUGAGUAUUAUUAUCAGUGCUGUUUUGGCUCACUUCUUGUUGAAGGAGAGGCUACAGAAAAUGGGUGUUGUAGGGUGUUUAUCCUGUAUUGUAGGAUCAGUUAUAAUAGUUAUCCACGCACCUCAGGAACGUACUCCUGAUUCCGUUCAAGAAAUUUGGGAUUUAGCAACCCAACCAGCUUUUCUAGUCUAUGUUGCUGCUACAAUUUCGUUAGUAUUGGCUCUUAUGUUGUAUUUCGAACCUCGCUACGGGCAUGUAAACAUACUAGUCUACUUGGGAAUCUGUUCUUUGAUGGGCUCAUUGACGGUUAUGAGUAUUAAAGCUAUUGGAAUUGCGAUAAGGCUUACACUUGAAGGGGUAAGCCAGGUAGCUUACCCUCAGACUUGGCUUUUUCUCACAGUUGCAGUAGUUUGCGUCGUCACACAAUUAAAUUACUUGAAUAAGGCAUUGGAUACAUUUAAUGCAGCACUCGUAUCUCCAGUAUAUUAUGCUAUGUUCACGACAUUGACUAUUGUUGCUAGUGCUAUCAUGUUUAAGGACUGGUUGGGCCAGGACGCGAGCACAAUAGUAUCUGAAUUAUGUGGAUUCAUAACUGUCCUCUCUGGAACUAUUAUACUUCAUUCAACCAGAGAACAGCCGCCAGUGUCCACACAAGGAUCUGUGGCAUGGUAUAUUGGGGAUUCAAUGAAAGGUAUUGAAGAACAUUUGAUCACCAUAAGCAAUUCACAUUACACUGAAGAAUGAAACUGGUUCUGUUCUGAUUGUAAUUUGGAAGGCAGUGGUCUUGAUGCAAAAACCGAAAUAUAUACUCGUACUCGAAGGAUGAGUACGAUGCCCAAUUUUUCAUGUCGGGACAACGUAUUGACAUAUCGGUCAUGGUCUUGUCAAGACUCAAGACCUACCAUCCUCUCAGUCUCGGCUGCUGCAGCAAAAGGUUUAGCGUUGAAACCCGAGCUGCUCGACGAUCCAAUUAGGAUAUUUACAGUUAGAAUGGUGGGGGGAGGCUCAAUGAUUCAUGCUGGUUCCAGCAUGAAUGAUACAGCAUGUGCCAUAUGUAAAUGCAUUGGUUAACAUUCAUUCAUUUGAUCUGUAAUUUCUAUUUUUGUAAAAGAAAUCUCAGGACCUUUCCCCCUUCAUGGAAGAUCCAUCUAUCUAAAGUUUGAAUCUGUUAUUUUUAUAUCA